AUAUGUAUGGUGAAGAAGAAAUCCUCCUUCUCAAUGGAGUCGUCCUCGACCUCCCUACACUUGUUAUAAAUUGGAAAAACUCCCAAGAGUCGUAGACUUGUCUUUUCUCCUCUUUCUUUCUUCCCUGACUUUCUUCUGUCUGUAAAUUUUCAUUUUCAUUCGAUCCUGCAAAUAUGCCUCAUGGAAGGCUUGAUGUCCUUCUUGUUGGUGCCCAAGAUCUCGAGGGCAGUAAUUUCUUCUGUAAAAUGGAUCCCUAUGUCCUUUUAUCUUUAAGGACCCAAGAGAAGAAGAGCACUGUGGCAUCAGGACAAGGAUCUACACCAGAAUGGAAUGAAACUUUUCAAUUCACAGUCUCAUCGGAUGAUGUUACCGAACUCAGCUUAAAAAUCUAUGACAAAGAUACCUUCACCCCAGAUGAUUUUCUUGGAGAAGCAACCAUUCCUUUAGAAACAGUGUUCAUGGAAGGAAGCACUGAACCGACUAAAUACAAUGUCGUCAAUGAGAAUAAUGAAUAUCAUGGAGAUAUUACAGUUGGACUCACUUUCACCCGUGAGCGAAUCGGCUCUCGUGCGGGCGGCUAUGAUGAAGAAGAACAUGGGGGGAAACAUGGUGGCUCAAGGAGGAGACAUGGCGACUCUAGGGGGGAGAGCUCUGAUGAUGAAGACUCUAGGAGGGGUGGCUAUGGAAACUCUACGGAGAGGUACGGUGUAGGUGAUACUGAUUCUAGGAGGGGCGGAGGCUAUGGCAACUCUAGGGAGAGGCAUGGUGGUGAUGAUCACUCUAGGACAGGUGGCUAUGACAACUCUAGGGAGAGGUGUAGUGAUGAUGACGAGAGUGGCGGAGGCUAUGGUGAGUCCAGAGGACGCCGUGGUGGACGGAGAGAGUCAAAUGAGGAGGAGAGCUAUGGUGGAUACAAAGAAUCAUCGUACCGAUAUUGAGGAUCAUCAUAUAUGAUCUUGCAAUUGCAUGGUUCUUAUUUAGAGAGGGUAAUGUAUCAAGUUGAGUUACCAGCUAGCCUAUCAUUAUUAUAAGAAUAAGGAGGAUCAUGUUUGAGGUCCCUGUCCUUUAUGGUUUUUACUUUACAUAUAAACAUACAGAUACAUCUAUCAAUUUGUGUAUGGACUGAUAUUCUCAGUCAAUUUAAUUUCUUAAUGAUGAUUGCUUUAUAUUUGCUUUACUUCAUAUAAUCAAGUUCAUUUAUGGACAGUUCAAC